AUGGCUUUCAAGUCGGACAUGGAGCAGAAUGCGCUCGUUGCCAGCGACUCCAUGUCGGAUGACGCAGAGGAGGGUUUCUUCUGCCACCGCUGUGGGCAUCCGCUGUCUUCCGGCGCUCGCUUCUGCCAGAAGUGCGGGGCGAGGCAGCCAGACAGGCGACGGCUGCAGCGCGGAAGCUGCCCUUGCUCCUCUUGCCUCUGCUGCUGCAGCACCUGUUGUGUGCUUGUGCUGCUGUGUCUGGCCGUCGGCACGGCACUUGGCAUCUCUGCGCUCCAGACCUGGCUCGGCUCCUGUGCCGGCUCUGUGCUGUCGGCGACCAUGGGCGUGCCCGUCUCCCUCGGCUCCGUGCACUUGGGGCUCCUAGAAGGCCGUGCCUCCAUCCGGAAGCUGGCGGUCGGCAGUCCCGAAGGCUUUCACCACGACUUUCUGGACUUGAAGCACCUCGUUUUCGACAUCAGCCCCAUGUCGCUGUUGAAACAGCGGUUGAUGGGUUCGGCCGUAGUGGCCGUGGAGCUAGAGGAGGUGUCGAUCAACACUUUGCAUGUCUUCAUCGAGCAGACUUCAGAAUAUGCGCCUUCCAACGCGAAGAUCAUCGUCGACCACCUGAACGCCCUGGCGCCCAAGGCCGCGACGCAGGUGAACGCGGAGGACGGAACGGCCGAAGCCCUGCAUGCGCUCACGACUCGGAUCAAGGCGGACAAGAUCGAUUUCAGCGACAUUGGCAUCGGCUAUUGCAAGCAGCCGGACUGCGGCAAGUAUGGCCCGGCCACCUAUGUUGUGAAGGAGAUCUUGAUCACAGACGUCGGCAAACGUGGCAAUGGAGUUUUCCUCUACCAACUUGCCGAGGUGGUGGUACGCACAGUCCUCGUGGCCGUGCUAAAAUCCGCGCCGGACAACAUGCGUCAGAACCUCUUGCGUGCCAUUGGUUCAGGUGUCGGGAAUCAGCUCGACAAUCUGGACUUCGGCUCUCUCCACUUUGACUUGGGUGACGGUGGCGGAUUGCAGACCGUAGGGGAGAUGACUGGGUGGCUCUCGGGGGAGUUUGCCAGCCUUCCCAUGAAGGCCACCAACGCCGCUGUGGCCUUGAACACGAAGGCGUUGGAGGCCCUAGGCCCCAUGACGCAGAUGCCGCCGCCGCUUCUGGCGCCGCCUCCGGAGGGCUUCGAGGGCGCUGUGCUUGCAGGCAAAGCCAAGGCCAACCUGCUGGGUGAGAAGAUCUUCUUUUCGGGCUGCCUGGCUGGAGCCUUCAUCGGCUAUGGCGCCUACCUGGCCUGCACCGUCGGAGGGAACUGCCCGGGCCUGGCCGAGAGAAACCCAGGGCUCCAGAAGUUGGUCUUCGGCUCCUUCGGGCUUCCCUUCGGGCUCUUCAUGACGGUGCUCUCGGGCACGGAGCUCUUCACGGGCAACGCGGCGAUUGUGACCAUGGCGGUGUUUCAGGGCAAGGCCGAUCUGCAGCAGCUGGCGAGGUCCCUGCUGCUUUCCUGGCUGGGCAACUUGGUGGGUGCAGUGGGUGUGGCUCGGCUGGCCAUUACGGCCGGUACCAUGCCCGGCGGCGGUGCUACUGUGACGCUGGCGGUGGCCAAGACUUCGCUACCCUUUGCAACGGUCUUUGUGCGGGGCAUCCUGUGCAAUUGGCUGGUGUGUAUGGCGGUGUACAUCGCUUCUAUGGCCAAAGACACUGCUGGCAAGGCCAUAGCCAUUUGGUUUCCCAUCUCUGCUUUCGUGACAUUGGGAUUGGAGCAUUCGGUCGCCAACAUGUUCAUCAUCCCGGCGGGCAUUUUCGCAGGCGCCGACGUGUCCUGGGGGCAGUUCCUGCUCCACAAUCUGCUGCCCGUCUCACUCGGGAACAUGUUUGCCGGGAUGUUUCUUGUGGCGCUGCCAUACUCCAUACUUUUCGGCCGCAAGAAAUGA